UUAUCUCUAUGCAGCCGUGGUUCCGAUUUGGCUUCUACUUUCCCUAUUUAGGGUUGAAAAUAAUUUACAUUGAAGCUGAGUGGCUCUGUUAUCUUCACUUGAAGUCCCUUUGUAGUUUGUGGUACCAGAAAGCGUUGGAAAAGAUUGGCUUGCCGGUAAAGCCUUCAAUGCGAGGAGGAAAUUGGGUGGUAGAUGGAUCUCACUGUCAGGGUUGUUCAUCCCAAUUCACUUUUAUCAAUAGAAAGCAUCACUGUCGCAGAUGUGGAGGCUUGUUUUGCAAUAGUUGCACCCAACAGAGAAUGGUUUUACGUGGGCAAGGUGAUGCACCAGUCCGAAUAUGUGAGCCAUGCAAAAGGAUAGAGGAAGCAGCACGCUUUGAGUUCAGAUAUGGACACAGGAAGCAAACUGCUAAAGUUAAUGCAAAACAGGCUUUGCAGGCUUUCAAGCAUGAGGAAGAGGUUCUAAGUCAGAUUCUUGGAACUGAUGGAAAGCAUACAUCAUUAUCUGAACAAAAUUCAAACAAUCUUGUGAAUCUUGAUCUUAAGUUGGUACCAAGCAGUGCAUCCUGCUCUAGUUCCAGGAGGGAAGGAGAUAAUAUUAGAAGCGUGUCAGUUGAUACACACAACAAUCUUAAGGUGGAUCUUAUGUUAGGUGAUCCAGAGGAAUUGCGUCAACAAGCAGUUGAAGAGAAGAGAAAGUAUAAAACUUUGAAGGCUGAAGGAAAAUCUGAGGAAGCACUUCAGGCAUUCAAGCGUGGUAAAGAACUUGAAAGGCAAGCUGGUGCUUUGGAAAUUACACUACGAAAGAACCGGCGAAUGGCUGCAAAGGCAUCCAAUUUUAGUACUGUUGCUAGCAUCCAAAAAAUCGAAGGUCAUGAAGAGUUUGGUGGUAACCAGAAGUUAUCCUCUCAAAGGGGUACAGAAGUCAAGGAUGACCUUGCAGCAGAACUUCGAGAAUUGGGAUGGUCUGAUGCAGAUCUUCAUGAUGCUGAUAAAAGACCAGCAAAGCUUAGUUUGGAGGGUGAAUUGUCAAAUCUUCUUGCACUAGUUUCUCAAAAAUCCUCUCAAGGUAUUAAAAAGGGUGGUGUUGAUAAGUCAGAGGUCAUUACUCUUAAGAAGAGGGCACUGUUUUUGAAAAGAGAAGGAAAACUUUCUGAAGCAAAGGAGGAGCUGAAGAGGGCUAAAUUAUUAGAAAAACAAAUAGAAGAACAAGAGCUAUUGGGUGAGGCUGAAGAAUCGGAUGAUGAGCUGCGUUCUCUAAUCAAUAGUCUUGAUGAAGACAAACAAGAUAACCUAGCAUUAGACCAUGCAUCCGACGCUGGAUUCCAAUUUGACAACCAGCUUGUUUUCUCAGAUGAUCUUCCUAUUGAUGGCAAUUUUGAGGUGACUGAUGGUGAUAUGAAUGACCCAGAUUUAGUGGCUGCUUUAAAAUCAUUUGGUUGGUCUGACGAGGAUGAAGAACAACCAGCCAGUCAAAGCAAUGAAUAUGCUCCUUUUGAUAGGGAGGCACUGCGCAGACAAGUGCUUAGUCUGAAAAGGGAGGCACUCAGCCAAAAACGGGAUGGUAAUAUUUCAGAGGCGAUGGAGCUGCUGAAGAAGUCAAAAUUACUGGAAAAGGACCUGGUGGGUAUGCAAUGUAGUUCUGAAAUUGUUGCAUCAGAAUUUAAGAAGAAGAGUUCAAGCCCUCAAGUUGAUGUGGCUGCAAUGCAAACAGUUGAAGAGGAGAAUGUUGCUGAAACAACAGGUUCUCAUUUUAAGUCGCCACCAAAAAGUAAGCUAAUGAUUCAAAAAGAGCUAUUGGCUUUGAAAAAGAGGGUGCUCACGUUUAGAAGGCAAGGUCGAAUAGAAGACGCAGAAGAAGAAUUGAAGAAAGGAAAGAUUUUAGAACAACAACUGGAAGAGAUGGAACGUGCUCCAAGAAACCAUGGAGAAGACUUGAGGAAAGAAAAGGUUCUGGAACACCUGGAAAGUAUGAAAAGUACUCCCAGAAAGCCUGUCGCUGAGGUGGCAAAGAAGAAUUUGGACAUCACACAUGUGCAUGAAGGUGGUGAUACCAGGAGUUUGAAUCUUGGGGAGGAAAGAUAUGAGACCGAGGUAACAGAGCAAGAUAUGCAUGAUCCUGCAUUUUUGUCACUUUUGAAAAAUAUGGGGUGGAAUGAGGAUGAUGAUGUUGAAUCUGUUGGCAUGACAAAUAGAGCAUCUAAACAGAUGAAUGAUCCAUCUACGCAUUAUAAUGCCCUUCCUUUGGCUCCUAUGAAGGCAAAGAGAAGCAAGGCUGACAUUCAGAAAGAAUUAUUAGCCAUAAAAAGAAAAGCUCUGGCACUAAGACGCCAAGGAAGGACUGAGGAGGCUGAGGAAGAGCUGGAAAAAGCAAAAGCCCUGGAGACCCAAAUGACAGAAAUGGAAGUCUCUAGUAAUGUCAGCUCUGUGGAGGUGGAUUCACUUGCUUUUGAAACCUUGAUUCCACAAAAUCUCUCUGUUAAAGAGCAUGCUUCUGGUGAUGCACGAAACACUGCUGGAAGCCUAGCAUCAUUUGCGCUAAACAAAACACCAAAAGAUGCAGCAGUCCCACUGCAUGUUCCCGUGGGAAAUUCCACUUUGCACCAGUCAAACCAGUCCCUGAACUUGGAAUGUCUCUCUGGCAGUGAGGCUGAAGCUUUGCACUCAUCAAUGAGGGGAUCAGUGAAAAGAGAGGGUACAGAUGCCAACUUUUUCUCUAUUACUAGUGCACCUGUUAUGUUGGCUGUGGAGAGUACUUUGAAAGAGAAGACCAGCUCAAAAAGUGGUGAAAUUGGUCACACAACUUCACAUUUUCAGAGUCAGGAAACAGAUGCCACUGAAACGAAUAACAUGGGAGCACAAGAACAGAAGGUGGCACUUGUGGCUGAUGCUUUCAGGGAUGAAAUUUUAGCACGCAAGAGAAAGGCUGUUGCACUGAAGAGAGAAGGGAAACUUGCAGAAGCCCGAGAGGAACUGAGACAGGCAAAGCUCUUGGAGAAGAGUCUGGAAGAUGGUCAACAAGCAGAUGUGGUUACGCGAGGUUCUUUAACUCCUGACAGUACUGCUCUAAAGCAAGAGAACAUACCUAGCCCAUCUGAGAAACCAAAAUCAGGCCGUGACCGCUUCAGAAUUCAACAGGAGUCCUUGUCUCAUAAACGUAAUGCUCUCAAGUUGCGUAGAGAAGGAAAGAUAGAUGAAUCAGAGGCUGAACUUGAAUUAGCAAAGGCUUUAGAAAAACAAUUGGAAGACUUUGAUCAAGGUUCAAGCACUAACAUGACCGGCAACAAAUCCGAAGCGAUGGAUGAUGUAGUUGUGGAGGAUCUUCUUGAUCCUCAACUUCUGUCUGCCCUUAAAGCUAUUGGAUUGGAGGAUAGUGUUAUUACCAGCCAACCAUAUCAUGAAACAGAUGCCCAGCCAAAUUUUGACAGGAGUGGUAACCAACGCAUGGAGAAAGCUGAUCUGGAAGAACAAAUCAAGGCUGAGAAGCACCGAGCACUCAAUUUUAAACGGGCAGGUAAGCAGGCAGAAGCUUUAGAGGCUCUUCGCUCAGCCAAACGUCUCGAGAAGAAGCUUGCAACAUUGACUUAGGAGCCCAAAUUGAGAUAAUCAGUUCCUAGAAAACCACAUGCACUUCUGGGAUCUCACAGGUGCCUGAAAAAUUAUGUAGAAUCAUAUCGAAGGUAAGCUUCCUUUUUAGACCAGAUCAAGAUGUUUAAGGUUUCUACAAUGCUGCAAAGUUGUCCCGAGGCCUGGGAUCUCUGCCUGGAUAGAUUUGACUGAAGCUUGGUUGAUUAUAUUCCUUGAGUAUCAUGGUAGCUUUUCUUUCAGGUUUCAACUCACCUCAGUUCUCAAAUACUACAAGAUGCAUGCAGAAAUAUUGGGGAGUUUCUCUCCAGUCUUCCACUGGUACAGAAUUCGCUCUACAUCGAUGGAAUUCUUUGAUGUUUUUGAAGUUACUCCAAUUUUGUGUACACUUGGUAUCAUUCUCUAUUGGACAUCAAAUGUCCCUGUAUCCAUGAAGAUGAACUCGUGAGGAUGUCUCUCUCUUCCAGAAGCUUGUCAUCUGGCAGGCACAUAUCUUAGUCUACUUGAAUGCAAUCAAGUGGAUGU